GGUGAGCAGAGCACACACGUCGCACUAUCAACUGAAUCCAUCUAAGAAAACAACUCCCAGGGAGUCCGGGUCUGAGCUGCGUAGACACCAAAGGCAAGUUUGAGCUCCCCACUAAACAGCGCACCGGACGGACGCAGCUGGCCGUCAUGGCCCGUGGCGGAUCAGGCAGCGGGCACUUCGGCGAGUGCGUCCUCACCGCUCAGGCUGAGAGAAAGGGGAGAAGUGGGCGCUGCGAUCACCCUGCCGCCGCUUUCUUCGGUCCUCAUGCACUGCAGACGGUGUUGAGUUAAAGCGAAGCUCCGUUGGGAAGCGCGGGGGAGCUGGAAAAGAAGAAAAAAAAAGACAGAAAAGUGCGGACAGCGGUGCGGACUGACGCGCAGCCACAAUCUGGGGACCCGUGCAGGAUAAUAUGCUGCUCAGUAGACUCACCGGGUUCACGCUGCUGAUCGGAACCGACUCGCACCAGCGUUACCAAACGGACCUUUACGCACGGUCAUACAGCAGGACCGCAUGAAGGACAGAGCCAUAAACAGCGGGGAAAAGUUGAACGCGAUAGCGUGGUUUGUAAUGGAUAAAGGCUCAUCAAAGGUCUCUGGAUCCAAAUGUCACCCCCCUUGGACUCUGCCCCGGUCGGGGACCAGCAGUGUGUGACGGACAGGCGAGUGGAGCCUGCGGUGGCUCUCUACUGCGUGGCUUCAAAUUGGCCCUGGCUGAGCUCUGCAUGGAGCAACGAGUGAAGAGUCCUGCUAUGGUCUGAUGUCUCAGCAUGGAUGGAGUCAGUCAGAGGACUGGCCACCACUAAUGAGACCAUCGCUCUUCAGCUGAGGACUAGCAUUUACAGGAUUACUCCCACGUUUUCCUGCUCUUUUCCCAGCUAACUACAUCAUAACCAAACUCUCCUAGGUGGACUUUAUUGGGUUUGGUUUUUGGUGGAUAUAUACGUCAUUGCCUUUCUGAUUUUCAUAUUUGCUUUUAUUCCCUCCCAGUUCUUUUUUAUUGUUGGUUUCCCUUUUCCUGUUUUGUUUUUCCACUAUGGAGUUUCUGGCUGGACCUUGGAAUAAAGAUUGGGCUUCUUUCUUGCAAUUUUGGUUGACUGUCAUCCUAAGCCUCCAAAUGCAAUUCAGCCCGGGUGCCUCUUGCCCAGAAGAGUGUCGCUGUGACAAACCGUUUGUGUACUGCAAUGAACGCAGCCUGACAUCAGUGCCUCUGGGGAUACAGGAGGGCUUCAAGGUCCUCUACCUACAUAACAACCAGAUCAACAAUGCUGGCUUCCCUGUGGAACUUCACAAUCUGGCCUCCGUGGAGACUGUUUUUCUCUAUGGCAACCAGCUGGAUGAGUUUCCCAUCAAUCUGCCCAAAAACACCAGGGUACUGCAUCUCCAGGAGAACAAUAUCCAAACGAUCUCCAGGGCAGCCCUGGCCCAGCUGACUCGAUUAGAGGAGCUGCACCUUGAUGAUAACUCUAUCUCCACAGUGGGGGUGGAGGAAGGGGCCUUUAGGGAGGCAGUGAGCCUCAAACUCCUCUUCCUCACCAAGAACCACUUAAGCAGUGUUCCCAUUGGCCUUCCUGAGGACCUGAAAGAGCUGCGGUUGGAUGAGAACCGCAUUGCUGUCAUUGCAGAGGAGGCCUUUCAGAAUGUGACACGCCUGCAGCGCCUCCUGCUGGACGGGAACCUGCUGACGGAUGAGGGCAUUGCACCAGGGACCUUCCAGGACCUGGCCACCCUCCGUGAGCUGGCCCUGGCCCGCAAUUCACUCACCUUUCCCCCUCCCCUCUUACCCAGCCAGUCACUGGUCAAACUCAGCCUGCAGGAGAACCAGAUCAACCAGAUCCCUGUGGCGGCCUUUGCUGACCUAAACAGGCUGGAAAGACUGGAUAUCUCCAGCAACCAGCUUCAGACUCUUACACAGGGUGUUUUCGACAGCCUGUCGAGCCUAAAGCAUCUCAUGGUGCGAAAUAACCCCUGGCGAUGUGACUGUGCUGUGAAAUGGGUGGUGGUGUGGCUCAAGUCGUUGCCUUCCUCCAUCAAUGCCCGAGGGUUUGUGUGCCAGAGUCCAGACAAGGUGCGUGGUAUGGCAAUCAGAGAGCUCACGUUGGAUAUUAUCGAGUGCCCGGUUGAUGCUGACGUGCCGCCGUGGCCCACCCUCCGCUCUACGCCUCCUCCCCCACCCACCACCACCCCUAUCACCACUAUAAUUUCCACCCUCAUAACCACAUCCAUUCCUUACUACUUUGAUUCACCCUCCCCUCCCUUACCCCCAAUCCAUAACAAUCCUCCUGGUCCCCUGCCUCCUUAUGAGGACCCCCUUCAGAUCUCCUUCCCUGUGGUCAACUCCACUAGUAUCGAGGUGAGCUGGGCUUCCUAUUUCACCGUCACAGCCUACAAGGUCACUUGGGUCAAAAGGGGCCAAAGCCAAAUAAACGAAGGAAUGCGGGAGCGGACGGUGAGUGGGGACCGACGGCAUAUCAGCCUCACCAACCUGGAGCCCCGGUCUGUGUACCGGAUCUGUGUGCAUGUGCUGGACACCCUUAACUCCUACAGGCCCGGAGAGGAUACUAUAUGCUCUGAGGCCAGGACCAAGUCAGCUUUGCCUACUAAGUCUCCUGGUUCAGCGCAAGCGCCUCAGGAGAGCAUCAACUCCACGCUGCUAAUGGCCGGCAUCAUAGGUGGAGCGGUACUUAUCAUCUUGGUAACGCUACUCAGCCUGUUCUGCUGGCACAUGCACAGGAAGAGCAGGUCAUCUUCGACCAAGUGGAAAUACAACCGGGGCAGGAGAAAAGAUGACUACUGUGAGGCUGGAACCAAGAAAGAUAACUCCAUUCUGGAGAUGACUGAAACCAGUUUCCAGAUAGUGGCGCUGAACAAUGAGCAGCUGCUCAAGGGAGAUUUCCGCAUUCAGCCCAUCUACACGCCCAAUGGGGGAAUUGGAUUUAGAGACUGUCACCUCAGUAACAACAGCAUAGCCUACUGCAAGAGCAGCAACGUGCCCAGUACAGAGUUCUGCCACACGUGAUGCAGCAGCAAAUAAUACCCCCACAUUCACACAAACACACAGACACACACACACAUACACACCAGAAACACUUAACAAUACAUGCAUAAAAUACACACACAUACACCAUUUGUGUAGACAACAAAAAAAAACAUAAAAAAUUCUAGUCAAAUAUAACUGUACUAUAUAUAUUUCCAAGUUCUGUCUACGAUGUAAUUUAUACUGUGGAUAAUAAUGUGGGAUUCUCUGCUAUCUUUUUUAUUCUUAGAAAAAGAGAUACAAGUGUUUCUUUUUUUAUAACCAGCAGGGUUUUGAAAGUUGUUUUAAUGGUCAGUACUGUACAUGAACAUGGAUUUGUACAAUCACGGCACCCUGGGUGUAGCUUCUGACGAACGCUUUCAGCCUCGGAAACGUUGGGCGCUUCGAGGGCUGGGAUCCUUUGUUAACCACAGAAGCAAAAAUAUGGCCUUUUUUUUGCGCUUUGAAACACUGCAAACCCUAGUACAACGGAACAGUCGUAAAGAUAACACAGCACAGGGGAAACACAAACACUGAUGAUUAGAGCGCUGUGGAAAUGUAGCACUGGUUCAUUGGAGGCAUGUUGUAAAAAAAAAAAGAGUUGAAGUGCACUUUCUUAUUAAUGGAAGCAAGGCAGGAAAUGAGUAUAGGUGGUACUCACAUGUAAGGGAUAGUGGAAGAUUGUGUAGGGAGAAUGUCAUCAGUGGUGUUGAACAGCCUGGACUGAGAUUUCCCAAAAGUGCUUUAACACUAAAAGCAUCUUUGUUCUAUUGGUUUGCAGUGGAAUAAAGGUGGGCUUAGUCAAGAGAUGUUUGUGGAAAACUCUAAAACAGGACAUGCCAUUUUCAGCAUUUUAGUUUCUUCAGUUUCUUCAGUGAGGAGCAACAUGUCUAGGUGCAAUUAAUAACAUGAGCUUAAAAAGCAACAAAGGAUUAUUGUCCGUAAUGAGGGGCAUGAAUGUGCUGAGACGCUGCAGAAUCUUUUGAAGAAAUUCCCUAAUUUGUUCUGCUUCUUUCCCCCCAUGUUUUCCCUGUUUUGGCGAGGGAGGCCACAAGGGGGCAGUUUCCCUCAGCAUAGCAGAGUGUGGGACAGAGGAACGGAGGGCAAGACAGACAGACGGAGAAAGAGAAAGAAUGAAAGCUGCAUAGAUCACUUUACCUCUACCAUUCCCCCGGAGUCCAUUACCCAGACGACAUUACUCAUGCUCAAACAGCAUUGUUUAGAGUAUUACUGCUCAUCGAGCUACUUAAUGAUGUGGAAGCAUUUAAAACUAACAGUGUUUUCUGUGUUUGGUGGCUAAAUGAUAGGGAUUUUCACCAUUGUGGUCUAUCAUGGUGGAAAGCCCCCUGUUCCUCUGUGUGUGUGUGUGUGUGUGUGUGUGUGUCUGUGUGUGUGUGUGUGUGUAAGAGAGCAUGAUGAAUUUUCUUAUUUCAUCAUUUCAACCCCAUCCCAGCAGUCAUUAGGCUUUCUGAUAAAUUAGGAAAUUACAACAAAAAGAUCGCACUCCGCCCAUGAUCCUCACAAUGAACCGUGUGCAGUUGUGACUGAGCGGCUCGUCACGCGUCUCAUCAUUUAUCCUUUAUGAGGCCGUCUUCUUCAUUUAUGGUUUGCUCACCUGAACAAUACACCUGCUCACUUUACAACAUUAGUUUCUGCGAUGAUGAUUCUCUCCCUAUCUUCCUCCUCUCUGCCCGUCUGUCUCCCUAUCUCUACACGUCUGAUCCCUGCAUGGGCCCAAUUAAAGCAGUUUUCCUGCCCUUCAGCUCAUGGACUGUGGUGGCAGCUCUUUGCAUGUGAGGUGCCAGUGAGAGGACUUCAUUAUGCACUUCUUAAGAAGACUUUAUUUGAUUUGACAAGAUUUUAUUUUGAGGGGCCAAGCUUAAAGAAUUCCCACUGCCGACCCCUCCUCUCCACCCCCACUCCCCCCUCGUCCCCUCUCCUCAUAAUCCUCGACCAAAAAAGGGAGAAAAAUAUGUAGACCUUAUUUUCACUUGGCUGCAUGAAGCUCACGCUGGGAGAGAGAGAGUCUGUUAACUCUUUGUGAGGCGCACAGAUUUAGCUGCUUGAACAUACACUGUAGAGAGUCAACACAAAUUAGGCCGAACAUGUAGAAAAAAAAAACAUUUUUAAGGGCUUGUACUCCAGUUAUUCCAGAGUGUCGAGAUUAUCUCUGAGAGGGUUUACCUCUGCAGUCGGAGUACGUCAAAGAAGCUGCACUUACUGUAAUUCCAGCAAUAGCUCAGACUACUUUAAUUUAAUGUGCACGAUGCGCAGACUUCCAACCAAGACAACAUUUUAAACAUUGACAAACACAAUGAAUGUAUGAAAUCAUCUGUCCUAACAUGUCAUUUAGUGUCAUGUCUUAAAAUCUUGUUGCUAAUAAGAUAAUUUAAAUGUUUUUUUUCCAGCCGAACAAGACCAGUUUGUUGGAGUUUCAUUUGUUUAACAUUAUUUUAGAAAAAAGUGGCAAUAUCUUGAAAAGACAAAAUGUUAUCAAGAAAAUAUUUAAAGGAAUACUUUAGCAUUUUGGGGAAUCAGGUGAUUCACUCUUUUGCCAAGAGUUAGAUGAGAAGAUCAAAAACCACUCUCAUGUUUCUUUGCUAAGUAUGAAGCUACCGCCAGCAGAUGGUUAGUUUAGCUUAGCCUAAGCGGAUUUUGUUACCCUUGGACAGAGCGAGGCUAGCUGUUUGCCCCUGUGCUGAGCUGGACUAACUGUGCUGGCUGUAGCUGAAUUUUUAUUGUACAUACACAAGAGUAGCAUCAGUCUUCUCAUCUAACUCUCAUCAAGAAAGCGAUUAAGCUGUCCCAAAACGUCAAACUGUUCCUUCAAGUGAAAAAACUCAAACUAAAUUAAAAAAAUGAAUUAAUUUGUAUUGCAACAAAAUGUAAUGACUGAAGUGAUCUCCCUCCCUUGGCGGAUGAAAUACACAUCUUUUAAGCAAAAUAAGAUUUUAAGACUCGGUACUUCAUUAUGUGACUUGUUUAGAUGGAUUUUUUUUUUCACGUUGGGUUUAUAAAUACUGAAAUCUUCUGUGGUUAUCAAAGCAUCUCCACUUUUUAUUUCAAUCUUUUUCUACUAAUAUCCACAUAUCAGCACACCCGAAUACACACCGUCCAUCGAGACGCACCAGGUUGCCCUGACCUGCGCUUUGAUCUGCCCUGCUUAACAAUCAUGAAGCUUAACUGAUUGAGCACCUAACCAACAGUUCAUCAUGUGUGGUUUGCUACAUGCUGCACCAGCUGACCAUAAUCCCACGUAGAAACACUUGAACAUUUACAUCUGAUAUUGUUUGGAUUCUUUUUUUUUGUUAUAGAUGAAAGCCCUAUUUUAAAUCACACGCUGAUCAAAGAAGUCAGGUCAAACUAUUGCAACAUAUAGUAUCUCCCCUGUCUGUGAAUGUGUAACGGAGACAGAUAUUUGCCUUACCUUUUAUGCAGGACUGAAUGAUUAGUGAGAGAGAGAGAGAGAGAGAGGGAGUUAAGUGGGAGGAAGAAAGAGAGAAGAAAAAAAUAUGAGACAUAAAGAGACGGCAACAAGAAUGCUGAACAGAAAGCACAUCUCUGCAGCCACGGCAGCAACAAUAACAGUAUUAACAGGAGAAGCAACACUAAGCAUGACAUACAGUAGCUAACAAGAGACUGUUCAUCCAUAGUGCCAGACCUUGCUUGAUUCAACCAGACUGGGAAGGAGCUUUGGUGGUUGUUAUGCAGCGUAAAUUACUCUUAAUUUUCUACUUGCUUGAUGAAAGAAGACCGUGACCGAUGGUAUUACACAAAACGUAUCACAGACUUAGACAGACUGCUAGCGUCGGUUUAUUACCGUUUCAGGGUGCCGAGAAGUAAUUUUCCUUAAAGCUCAUUGAUUCGCAUUGAAAUAAUUAUGUUUAAUCACUGAGAGGUCAAUGCAGACAAAACACAAACUGAAUACAUUGAAAGUCAUCUUUUCUUUUUCUUUUUUUUUUUUUUUACCCCAUUCUUUUCCUCUUGUAGGCAAAUCCUUCACUGCAAAUAUCUAUUAGCCAGUAACAUACAUUCAAGGAUUUUUGCAUGUACUGUAUUUAGCUUCAUAGCCUUUCAUUUUCUUCAUGAACUUACCAGUUUUUGGACUUUUAAAAAUAUUUUCUCAAGCAAUCACCCAGCGGUGGUUGAGCUUACAGAAGGUUUAGGGAAAGUAGGCUGGAAAUUUACAGUGCAUGUAAAAUGGCUAUUUUGGGAUACUUUGCCAUCCUGGCUUCUCAUCAAGACACCACAGUGUUACGUUUAGCCAUCCACACCAAGAUGUUUCUUAGGAACCAAAGUUAAAUUUCUGUUCUCAUGAUGAAAUGUUGAUGUUGUUCCAUGUAUGUGCCUUGAGGUUGAACUUACAAUGUAAAGUCCUUGAAACCUUUAAAUGUUUUUGCACAAACUGUAAAUACUUAAGUGAAGCUUUUUGAAAAUAAAAGAGCCAUGGGAUUUGA